CUCCUCCUCUUUCUACUCUCGUUUUUAUUUUCCACCCUCCGGGUUCUGUUCGUUCUGUUGUCCCGGUGGCGUUGGGAGGAGGUUGGGAUCUCGCGAUUGUUGGAAAAACAAUUUUUUCUUCCAGUUACAGUCGAAAAUGGCGCCCGUUGUGACGGGGAGGUUUGGUGAGCGAGCUCCACCGCAGCGCCUAACAAGAGAGGCUAUGAGAAACUACCUGAAGGAGAGGGGAGACCAGACCGUACUCAUCCUACACGCUAAAGUUGCACAGAAGUCUUACGGCAAUGAGAAGAGGUUUUUCUGCCCCCCUCCCUGUGUCUACCUGAUGGGCUGUGGCUGGAAGAAGAAGACGGAGGAGAUGGAGAGAGAGGGCUGUUCAGAGCAAGAGGCCCAGCCCUGUGCCUUUAUAGGGAUAGGAAACAGUGAACAGGAGAUGCAGCAGCUCAACAUAGAGGGGAAGGACUUCUGCACAGCUAAGACUCUAUACAUCAGUGACAGUGACAAGCGUAAACACUUCAUGCUGUCAGUCAAGAUGUUCUAUGGUAACAGUACAGACAUAGGAGUCUUCCUUAGUAAGAGGAUCAAGGUUAUCUCUAAACCCUCCAAGAAGAAACAGUCCCUGAAGAAUGCUGACCUUUGUAUAGCAUCAGGGACCAAGGUUGCGUUGUUUAACCGGUUGCGUUCUCAGACAGUCAGUACACGAUAUCUACACGUAGAGGGAGGGAACUUCCAUGCCAGUUCACAACAGUGGGGAGCCUUCUACAUACACCUCUUGGAGGAGGAGGAGCCAGAAGGGGAGGAGUUUGCAGUGAGGGAUGGAUACAUCCACUAUGGUCAGACUGUCAAACUGGUCUGUUCUGUCACUGGCAUGGCACUGCCUAGACUGGUGAUCCGUAAGGUGGACAAGCAGACAGCGUUGAUGGAUGCAGACGACCCGGUGUCCCAGCUCCACAAGUGUGCCUUCUACCUGAAAGACACAGAGAGGAUGUACCUCUGUCUCUCACAGGAGAGAAUCAUUCAGUUCCAGGCCACGCCCUGCCCCAAAGAGACCAGUAAGGAGAUGAUAAACGAUGGAGCUUCCUGGACCAUCAUCAGUACAGACAAGGCAGAGUACACCUUCUACCAGGGGAUGGGUCCUGUCCCCUGUCCUGUUACACCUGUUCCUGUGGUGGAGAGUCUACAGUUGAAUGGUGGAGGUGAUGUGGCCAUGCUGGAGUUGACAGGACAGAACUUCGCCCCAGAUCUCAGAGUCUGGUUUGGAGAUGUAGAGGCUGACACUAUGUACAGGUGUGGCGAGAGCGUGCUCUGCGUGGUGCCUGACAUAUCUGCCUUCAGAGAGGGGUGGCGCUGGGUCCGUCAGCCCGUCCAGGUCCCCGUCACGUUGGUCCGCAACGACGGAGUCAUCUACUCCACGGCCCUGACCUUCACCUAUACCCCAGAACCAGGGCCUCGCCCUCACUGCAGCGCUGCCGGCGCCAUCCUCCAGACCCACAGUCACAGUGUCUCCUCCUCCUCUUCCUCACCUUCCUCUUCCUCAGGGAGUCUGGGGACGGGGGGUUAGGGGAAGGACAGGCUGGGUAUGGGAUUGGCCAAGGGGCAGGGUCAACCAAUAGCGUGGGGUCGUUGUCCGGUUCAUCAGUGAUGUCAGUUUCGUCAUAGCAGAGGGGAGGUGUGGUGGGGGGGGAGUGUGUGUGUGUGUGUGAGGCUUAUGGACCUGCGUUUGAAACACACACGCUCUCUCGCUCAAGGACUCUUUGGAAAGAGAGCGAUUGAGUUGAGGAGGGGAAGAGAAGGAGGGGGAAAAAGAGAGGAGGUUCUGAUAAAAGACAAAGACAUGGAAGGAGGGGAUCCUUUCUCUCUGGCCCCCCCGUGUGGUCGUUUGUGGACAUGACACUGCAGCCUGGUUCAUCCAGUUUGGGAGAGGUUUCACCUCAAAGGGUGAGACAAUAACUAAGUGCCCUUUUUUAUACAUUUGUUGGAGAACAGCUUUUUCUUUUGUUUUUUUUCCCCACACGUUAUUUUCUACAAAGUUUUUAUUUGUUACCAGAACAAAGGGCUCGGUAAUGAUUGAGGUAUCACUCGUGCGCAUGGGAAGUUUUGCAGAGAAACUUUAUUAUUAAAGUUUGCGCGAAAACUUUUUAUUAUAGUAACAUAGUUUUUACGGACCAAGGAAUAUUAUUAUUAUAUUAUUAUUGUAUUCUUUAUGAUAUUUUAUAAGCUUUAGCCGAGGUACAUUUUCAAAUGUUUUGUAUUAUAACGUUUUAGUAAGGACAGUUUUUGUUACCAAAUAGUUGUUUUUUUUUCCCAUUUGAGAGUGUUAACUCUGAGGAGAUUGGGUAACGUGAUGCAGACUGCGUCUCAAUCGUCUAAACUGGAUUCCUCCCUUUCCUUUAAAACGUAUUAUUGUGAAGCGACCUCGGGGUGCUUCUGCAAGUCUUUAAAGUCUUGGAAAGGUCAGGGUUGUAGUCAUCUGAAGAGGGCAAACACUAAGAGUUGGAACAAGUGAAAGCAAACUCGCACUAGGCUAUCUCUAUCUACCCCAUCUCUUUCACCUUCUCUGUCCUGACAGAUCAGUCCAGAUGAAGGAGAGGAAACGAGACAUCUCUUUCACCUUCUCUGUCCUGACAGAUCAGUCCAGAUGAAGGAGAGGAAACAAGACCAUCUCUUUCACCUUCUCUGUCCUGACAGAUCAGUCCAGAUGAAGGAGAGGAAACGAGACAUCUCUUUCACCUUCUCUGUCCUGACAGAUCAGUCCAGAUGAAGGAGAGGAAACGAGACCAUCUCUUUCACCUUCUCUGUCCUGACAGAUCAGUCCAGAUGAAGGAGAGGAAACGAGACUAGGGGUAAAGGGAGGAAGGGAAGCCAUUUUAGACUGUUGAGACGCAACCCCGUAAUCUCUGCCACUUUCUAUAGCAACUUCAAAUCUUCAUUGCCAAUCGCCUUAAUCGGUCAGUCUCUCACCAGACCUUUUAGGGGGGGAAAUAAUAAUUUUUUGUAUGUUGCGUGUAUUAUGUUAUUGUCGUUUUCUAAAACUGUCUAAAAGAGUGUUUGGUAGACACUCAACAAGCCAAGGCCUGGGAAUGUUUAAUCAUGUCGUUUGGCAGCGUCUCAAAUGACCCCCGAUUUCCCAAAUAGUGCACUACUUUAGACCAGGGCCCUCCUAUGUAAAGCACUGCACUAUAUAGGGAUUGGAGUGCCAUUUUGGGUCGCGGACGUUGUGUUUUUACACUAUCGUUCAGCCUCAAUCCCAAAUCGGCUCCUAGCACCUUGUCACCUAGUAGACAUUUGUUUGAUUCUGAGAGGAUUAACAAUAUGGUAAUCACCCCUCUAGCCUUAUAGGCUUAGGUUAAUUUAUGCCAUUUUGCUUACUUAGUGCAUACUAUCUAGGGGCCAUUUGUUUACCUAGUGCACACUAUCUAGGGGGCUAGGGAUUGGUUUGGGACUGGGCAGAAGUCUGGGAAGAAGAGCUUUAAAAACGCCACCACUGCCUUUUAGCCUGCAACACUUCCAACCAGCUCCCCCUCUCCCCAUCUAUGUAAUGAAGCCGUAGCAUCAAACAGAAAUCCCUUGCGUUGCUAAGCUGAUAGCCCCACUACACUGUAAAUUCAUUAGCCAAGGCUCCAUUGGAGUUAAAUUGGCUAAGCUAAUGGCUAAUGCUACAAUGUAAUUAUAUAUUAGUGAAGCUAAGCUCAAGCUAAUGCUACUAUGUAGUUCUAUUAGUGAUGCUAAGCUAACUCUACGCUACAAUGUAAUUCUAGCAUUGAAGCUAAGCUAAUGCUAAAAUAUAAUUAACGUCACUUUGGCUAUAGCUAAACUUAAUUGAAAUCACGUUGCCUUUAAAAACCACUACCUAGCAGAGACUGUUCUCUCUAGCCACUGUCUUUCUUCUCACAAAGUAGCCUUUUGUAGCUAAAGCAUUACACACGUCACGUAUUAGGUCCGAUAGCUAGCCUACUAGUUGGUGUUUUAUAUUCUGUUCAUCGUGAGGGAAUCAUUUUUGGAUUUUCAGCAAUUACAGUACACAACUACAAUGUUUCGCACUGUAGAAAACUUUUUUUAUUGAAAUGAUCGCCAAAAUGUGUCCAACUUCUUGGGGGUCUGGUCUGUGGACCUGGAGCUACCUGUCAUUGGUGCUGUACUACAUUGAAAGGGAUGGUUGCUCUGUUACUAUGGGAACAGGUUAUUAUAACACAUACUGUAAAGCAACUGGGUCUAACUGAUUUUAUUUUGUGUUGUAACAAUGUUUUUUUUUUUUUUUUUUUUUACCGUUAUUCGUCUUGGAUCAAUUCUCGUAGUGCUAUUGUUUCUGGUAUUAUUCAUUGAUAAAACCCAGUGGAAGUUAUUAGUUGGCCACCGGUUGUCAAGUACAGGUCACCAGUUUUUGGCUUUCUUGGAAGAAAUUCUCUUUGGUCUGCUUUAAUUGUGGUGCCUUGUACCUUCACUGAGCAAGUAAGAGGAACAAUAUGACUGUUCUCAAAUCUGUGGUCCCCACUCAAACCCUAACCAGUAUAAGCUACACAACUACAAACUGGCCUGGGAUCAUUUCUUACAUGAUGAUCUGUCCUCCUUCAUAUUGGUGUCUCUCUUGGGUCGUAUUCACUAGGAAACUAAACGGAAUCAAACGGGCAGGCAACUACCUGAACUUGUCUAAUAAGAAACGCUUGUUUUAGUUCUCCGUUGCCAAACGUUCUGCGACGGUGUGCAGAACGUUUACAGCUAAACCACUCAUAUUGCCUUAGCUAAGCCCGUGAGCCAUCUCUGGUUCUGGUGGGCCAUAGUGUUGAUGCAGGCUUUUGUUCCAGCUCAAACGCACCUGAUUUUUUAAUCUAGCCUACUCAUGGUCAACAAAUCAAUUCAAGACCAGGAUUAGUUUAUUAAUUUGUGUUAGAGCUGGGUCGGGACAAAAACCUGCACACGCAACUCCCAACACGGUAGUUGUGGACCACGGCCGAAUCUAUUGUAUAGAUGAACCUUACACAGAAAUGGCACCACCCUGUGGUUCUCUGGGUAGGAGACACAGAUCUGAUGCCUAAUUCACACUAAAUGGAGACGUGACCAGACCAGUCCAGUACAGCUCGGUUUGGCCCUAUAGUGUGAAUCAAGUGUUUGCUACUCCUGAGAACUGAAACGAUAACCAUACUCUGUAACAUGCCAAAUGAAUCAACUUUUCCUGUUGUAACUUUUAGUGGCUGCAUCUGAAAUGGCACCCUAUUCCCUAAAUAGGUCACUACCUACAGGCCCUGGUCAAAGGUAGCACUAUCUAGGGAAUAGGGUCCCAGUUCAGACACAGCCAGUGUUUUACAUGCUUUUGGACCUCGACGACGGGCAGCUUUUUACACCACAUAAAAGGUACAACAAAAUAAAGAAAAUACAUUGAGGUUUUCUUUCUCUGAAUUAAAGGUAUUUGUAUCUCUCUCUCUUUAGCUCUCUUGGUUGAGAGCGUCACUCUCUAAAAGGCAGGUCUGACAGUGUUGGCAAAAGAAAAAAGAAAUAAAAUGUAAAGUUUG